UUGGUACAAAAGGCGAUAAGUCCGUUCGAGGUCAAGGACGGUCAGUGGCGUUUGCCACACAACUUACCUGCGGUGUCUCAAAAUUCGUCCCAUGGAUAUCUACCUUGUCUGCCAGAACUGGUUCAAACACAGCAUGGAGAUUGUGCCAAAGUCACUAGACCCAAGAAGAAGCAUGGCACUUUGAUCCCUGUAAUAUUUUGUAUUCUUUGUCCCCAUGGUAUUUACCGUGGGGACAAACAAAUCCAUCUGACAAAAUGGUGUCAAAUCGAGUCCAGAGACAACCAACGUAGUCGUAAUGAAGUCAAUCCACCGUCUGGUAGCGGAAUUCGUGGUAUUCUUAUGUACAAAAACCUGAAAAUUAUGGAGAAAUUGUUGUCCUUUGUCCAAAUCAUAAAAAUACCUGCUCAGAAAAGUAUCCUGAGCAUGUAAUGAGAUGUGAUAAUCCACAAACAAGAUACGAAAGUUGUCCAAAGACAAAAAGGUUGUCUAUAUUCAUACCGCUGAAUGCUGUGAAACCAGAUGAUAGCGGAUAUCGCAAGGAAUUGUUUAGAUUUACAUGCUUCAACUCUUGUGUUGGAGGAAUGAACAGACGACCUACACAUUUAUCCUUUCGACUGGAAUGUGGGGUUGAAGGUAUAGCUGUGGUUGAGCUACGUAUAUGUGCUUCACCUGGAAGGGAUAGCAAUGAAAAGGACCUGGGAUCUAAUUCAAAGCCAAACAAACACCAGGACAACGAACCCAGUUCAACGACAGACGUCCCAUCAUCCAUAACAACAUUAUACCCACCUCGACAGAGUGUACUCAUGUCAACUGUUAAAGACUCCAGCUCACCCAAACCGUUCCAGUUCUCUAUCACGCAAGGACAACAACCUUGCAAACGACUAAAUCCUUAUGUGAGCGAUGGAUUUGUUAUGAUGGAUUUUUUGAUCAUGUUCUUCAAACAACAGCACAAACAACGGCCUAUAUAUGACUAGGCAUCGAUUUCAUGAAUUAAAAUAAGUGUAACGGUGGGAUAGUUGUUCAAAUGUGUUCAAUUUUCUUGAACAAAUUCAUGUUCAUGAAUACUGGAAAAUUAGCCAAGAGCCAGAAAAAGCGAAAAAAUGAUAAGAACAAUAACAUCAUUUACAACUUUGGAAACAAAAGCAAGUAAUGCACUGCCCCAAACCAAAAAUACAAUGUUUGUCAAUUUAUUGCAAUGUGCUCAUAAACAAUACUGCAAAAUAUUAAGUUUAAAAAACGCAUGUUAAGCCAUAUUAUAAUAUCAGUGGGAAUAGCAUGUAUAUAUAUAUACAUAUAGAUUGAUCAUUAUGAACGAAAAUUAAAUCCUCAAUGCUUUUUUGUAAGUGAUAUAUCAUGAUUAUAAUUUCAUCGAUGUG